CUCUCUUUAGACCUGUAUUACACCGAGGACGAGAUAUAUGAACUUUCAUACACCAAGGAGCCUAAAAACCCCAAGAUUCAGCCUGCCACGCCCCCGGUGGUGGCGGAGUGGGGGUCGGGGGUCACCCCCAGGCUCGACUCGGACACCAUCUCCAAACACGUCAAGCAGAUGGUGGAUUCCGUCAUGAAGAACUACGACCAGAACCAGGACGGCUACAUUUCGCUGGAGGACUUUGAAAAAAUAGCAGCCAACUUCCCUUUUUCCUUCUGCACUCAAGAAACUGACAGGGAGGGGCAGAUCAGCCGGGAGGAAAUCAUGUCCUACUUCAUGAGGGGGAUGUCUGUGUGCGCCAAGCUGGGCUACAACUUCAAAGACGCGCACAACUUCCACGAAACCACGUACAAGAGGCCGACAUUCUGCGACACGUGUGGACGCUUCCUGUGGGGAGUCAUCAAACAGGGUUACCACUGCAAAGAUUGUGGGAUCAACUGUCACAGACACUGUCGAGAUCUGGUGAGGAUGGAGUGCCAGAAGAAACACAAGAACACAACCGGGUCGUGUCCCUGCACCCCUGCUCCCGACUCCAGAACCAAGGGCAACAGCUGGAGUUCUGAGGAGGAGGCCUUCGUUUUCCCACAGAGCAACGAGACGGAACACAAGCUGUCGGACUGCUCCACUCAGACGGAUCCUGGGGUUUGGACCCCCGAGAGGAAGGACAGGAGGGGGAACCAUGUGAACUCCGUCGUCCACGGGUCUGCAGAGAAAAGGGCCAACACGCUGCCACACAGAGGCCGAGGAUGCUCCGUGCCCGUCUCCUUCCUGCAGGACAAGAUGGAUGAGCUACAUCUGCACAAAGACAAAAGCAGAGAGCCGGACUGAGCGCUCCUCUUCCUCCUCGGGACAAAACGAACCUCGUCRGGGGGGGGUGAACCGAUGAAGGACCUUCAAUCUGGAGAAGCAGCAGCUGGAAACGAACUGCUUAAAACUAGUUUUAAAUCUCAUCUUCGAUGGUUUGGCUUUGUUUUAAAUUCAAAUACUGGUUUUUGUUUUGUAAUUUAUAAACACCUUUUUUUAUUUUAGAACAUGUGCCUUGGAUUUCUGGUGCUAGAACAUAUGAAAAACAAACAUUUGUUGAUCUCAUGUGGUUUCAGAGCAGGGUAGGAAAUUAACACUAAGAGCAGCAAAAUCCUCGGUCCGUUUGGCAGCUAUCAGACAACUGGUUCAUGAAUUUAUUUGGAAAAACAGAAAUCCUAAUUAUUUGGCUUUGGAUUGUGAGACAACACUCACCGGUCACUUUAUCAGGCGGCACCAGGUCGGACCCACUUUGAAAUUUAGUUCUUCAACCGGCAACAAAGUGUUUUAAUGGAUUUGGUUUAGUUUUUGGCAGUAUCACUGGGACAAGUGCUGAAAAUAACCGUGAUUAUGUCCAUUUAACAGGAUGGAAGAAUUUCUCAUUAUUUUAUUGGAAAAAACGUGAAUUUCUAACAAACAAAUCACUUAAAUUAGAUUUUUUUUUAAUUAAGAGGUUCUAAAAGUUGUAAGAAGUGAUUAUAUUUGUGUGACUCAUUUAAAGCGGACCUCAAAGUGACCGGUGAUUGUAGAACCAUUUCAGCGUUGCAGCUUUAGAAAAUGUUUUUUUUUUUUUGUUUAAUUUGGUUUUUGAGCAACAGGAGUGAAAACUCACCCAAAAUGUUUAUUUCCUGCCCUGAAGACACUUCGGACUCUCAGAUUUCUUCUCCAAGUUCACCUACGCUUCAUUAAAACGACACUGGAACAAUUUAUUUCAAGACGACUUUCAACUUUUUUUUCUUCUUUUUUGUUCAUUAUUAAAAAAAGUGGAUAAACCAA